CAGUGCCAGUCGUUACUCGUCCGUUCGAAACGUGUACAUUUUGCUGGGAGGCUGUAACAUUUGUUUUCAAUUAGCCCACCCUAGUCACCCUAAUGGUCAACUGAUUGGUAUGGUUUUGCCGCUGAUGAAAUAAGAUUUGUAUAGUUCUACUGGCUCUCAUGUGGAUCUUAUUUGUAAUUGAGUUCGCGAAAUGAAGGCUUCUGCAAGGUGCAUUUAAAGCGUGAGUAAACAAAUCUGAGCGUAACAUGUCCAGCAAAUAUGGCCAAUUACGCCCCGUCCUCGAUUUUAUCUUAAAGUGUAAAGACAGCGUAAUUCCGAGGAAAUAGCACAUGCUCAGUUGUGGAAGACUCUGCAAGCGGGCUCCUCCCUUGUGGGUAAAAAAAAGCAAAAACAAAUUGAACAGAAGGGAAGACGGCUCGCACUGCAGAACAGGCAGCAGCUUUGGGACCACGCAAAGGCCGUUGUCGGAUUUCCCCGAGGGACGAGGAAACAUAGGCUAAAAGUGGAAUAAGGAACGGGGUGGCAGUAUGUUUUCCUCGAUCAAGGGCUUUGAGGGCCAGCAGUACUCGGCCUUGAAAAGCCAGUGCCAACAGAACGGGAGUCUGUUUGAGGACCCCCUCUUCGCUCCGACAGACGAGUCCCUGUUCUACCAGGGGAACCGCAUCGGCAGAGUCCACUGGAAGAGGCCAAAGGAGCUGUGUGAUGACCCGCACCUGUUUGUGGAUGGGAUCAGCGCUCACGACCUGCACCAGGGCCAGCUGGGUAACUGCUGGUUUGUGGCAGCGUGCUCGAGCUUGGCUUCCAGAGAGUCGCUGUGGCAGAAAGUAAUUCCUGACUGGAAGGAACAGGAGUGGGAUACGGAAAAGCCGCAAUCCUAUGCCGGAAUUUUCCACUUCCGGUUCUGGCGCUUUGGCGAGUGGGUGGACGUGGUUAUUGAUGACCGGCUGCCGACCGUUGACGGAAACCUGGUCUACUGCCACUCCAAUGACAGCAAUGAGUUUUGGAGUGCCCUGGUGGAGAAGGCCUAUGCCAAGUUGUACGGCUGCUAUGAAGCGCUGGAUGGAGGAAACACGGCCGAUGCACUGGUGGACUUUACGGGGGGUGUCUCUGAGCCCAUGGACCUGGAUGAGGGGCAGUUUUCCACCGACGAGGCCGCCUGUAACGAGCUGUUUGAGCGUGUGCUGAAGGUCCACAACCGUGGCGGACUCAUCAGCUGCUCCAUACGGGCAACCACUUCUGCCGACAUGGAGGCGCGUCUGUCCUGCGGCCUGGUGAAAGGUCACGCCUACGGUGUGACAGACGUGCGCAAGGUGAGGCUGGGCCAUGGUCUGCUGGCUUACUUCAAGUCUGAGAAGCUCUCCAUGAUCCGCAUGAGGAACCCUUGGGGAGAGAGGGAGUGGAACGGGCCCUGGAGUGACAGUUCUGAAGAGUGGCAGAAAGUGAGCAAGAGUGAGCGAGAGAAGCUGGGAGUGACCGUAGAGGACGACGGGGAAUUCUGGAUGAACUUUGAGGACUUCUGUAAGUACUUCACCGAUCUGAUCCUGUGUCGGCUCAUCAACACCUCCUACCUGAGCAUCCACAAGACCUGGGAGGAGGCGGUGGUGCACGGCUCCUGGAGUCCCCAUGCCGACCUGCGGCGGAGCCGCUCAGGGGGCUGCAUCAACCACAAAGCUACCUACCUACAGAACCCACAGUAUGUGUUUGACGUGACGAAGAUUGAGGAUGAGGUGUUGAUAUGCCUCCAGCAGAGAGACCGUAGAGCCCGGCCCAGCGAGGGCAAAGGGGAGAACCUGGCCAUCGGUUUCGACAUCCACAGGGUGGAGCUAAACAGGAAGUAUCGCAUGCACAUCACCCAGCAGAAGGUGGGCAGCUCCGUCUACAUCAACUCCCGCUGCGUGUUCCUUCGGCAAGACCUGAAGGAAGGUCGUUACGUCAUCAUCCCCACGACCUUUGACCCCGGCAUGCAGGGGAAUUUCCUGCUGCGUCUCUUCACCGACGUGCCGGCAGACUGCAGAGAGCUGACGCUAGAUGAGCCUCCCCAGACAUGCUGGUCAGGCUUGUGUGGUUACCCUCAGCUGGUCACUCAGGUCCAUGUGAUUGCUGCUGAUGGACUCCGGGCCCAGGACUCAGAUGGAGCCUCAGACCCGUACGUGAUCAUCCGCUGUGAGGGAGAGAAGGUGCGCUCACCAGUGUUCAAGGACACGUGCAGCCCCCAGUUUGAUGUCAAGGGACUUUUCUACAGGAAGAAGGCCAAAGAGGAAGUUCUCGUAGAGAUUUGGAACCACAAUAUCAUCAAAGAUUCCUUCCUGGGUCAGGUGGCUCUUAAGGCCGACCCCAAUGACCAACAGCUGCAACACACUGUUCAUCUGCGCGACCGUGGCAACCAGCAGAGUAGCGACCUCCCUGGCACUCUCACUGUUCGUCUUCUGACCAGCGACGUCCUUACCAACAUCUGAGUCCUGUGGCACACAUUUACACACACACACACACAUACAUACACACACAUACAUAUCAUCGUCUUCAUCAUCAUUAUCUACAUCCAUUUCCUUUCUACGCUACUCUCUUUUAGAAAUGGUGGCAGCACAUGGACUUAAUCACAAUGCCUUCCCAACAAGGUCUCUUUCCAUUGAAAACGAAUGAGCUGUUGUUCCUGCUGCGCCACCAACUUUUACAUUCAAAGACAAUUUCGUCAGUGUUGUCCUCAUGGGCACAGGAAGCAUGCCAAAAUAGAGUGUCAUUGCCAACAAGGAAGACUGGACGUUUGAGUGUCCGUUUGAGAAGAACGACUUUUACAAUGUCAUGUUUGCCAAACAUUUCCUUAUACCGAGGCUAUGUUUUCAUUUGUUUACGUAUCCGAGUUGUGUAGCUACUUGUCGAAGCGAUGUACGGGACCAAAGAGUGUCGCGCAGGGUUAAAAAAAAAAAAAAAACGUCUCCCUGCUACAACUGCCUCAGUUGUUUGCCAAGUGCUUACCACAGCUUAUCUUUGUACCUUACCACAGAAGUACCUGAUCCCCUCCGGCAUGCAGGCCUGCGCUGGAUUAAUGUGCAGUUCAGUUCUCAGGGCCUCUUUUCUGGGGCCAGUGGCUCGAGGUUCCCCUGACCAAUGGACACAAUGUGAGGCCGUGCAGAUUUACCGAGGGGGCUUUUUUUUGGGGGGGGGGUGGGAGGGUUUGCGUACAGUCCGGAUGUUAUGUUUGCAACCUUGGUGAAUGAAUGUUCAAGAAGUCUUUUCUGUCCGAGUCUUGCUCCUCUCCCUCAGUUGUUUCCUCUCAUUCGGAGGCUGAAGAAGGAAGCGUGUGCCAUAGCAGAAGGCGCUCACCGAGAGCAGUUAGAGUUAGUAUGUUGGUGUCAUGUGAUGAGUAGGUUGUAAUAUUUCAGUACAGCUAGAUAAAUUGACUAUGAAAUUGGCAUAUUUGCAGUUUUUAUUGUCGUGGUUUUAUCAUGGUUUUUCCAACCAUGUGUCGAAUGAAGAAAUGCAUGCAAGAUGACUACUUAUAUGAAAUGGCUUACAGGCUUGGCCUAAGCAUAUGUGGAAAAGCCUGUUUACACAUAUAAACAACUGCUUUUGUUUACAAAGGAGUGAGUUAUUGUUAACUUUCAGCGGAAACUCCUGUACUGCAUAUAUAGUUUGUAGUUUACAUUAUGGGCAAAGAUAAAUGUGUAUAUCUGUUAAUGAUUAUGAUUAUGAUUUCACUCAUAGUGACUGGGGCUGGACAUCAUUUCUUUGCCAUUUGUGAUUUAUAUGUUUAAAUUAAAAAAAAUGUAUUUCUUCUUUUAUGGGGAUUUUAUAAUUUUUUUAGCUUGUUUUACUUUAUAUUGUGUUUUGUAUGUCACAAUUGUGUACAUUAUAAUCUCAGUAUUUAUUUUUUACUCUUAUAUGUGCAUCAGUAUCAAUCAAGUCCAGCGAGCUGGUUAGUCCUAAUAAACAAAAAUACAAACAUGGGAUGCUAAUUUCUGUGCCCUGUUUUCACAAAA